CAGCUGGCGGCGGACGGCACCGUCAUGAACACCUUCACCCACAAAUGCCAGCUGCCCGAAGACGUGGACCCCACGUCGGUGUCGUCCUCGCUGGGGGACGACGGCACCUUGACCGUCCGGGCUCAGCGACAGCCCGCCAAGCACGCCGACCACGUCCAGCAAACCUUCCGGACUGAGAUC